AUAGUGUGGGUACAGAAGUAAGCGUGAUACCCGUGUAGGUAGAAGGAAAAAAUUAUCAAGUUUGCAAGUUUUUGUCGGUCUUUCGUCUAUACCAAAUUGACAACGAGGUCCGGUGAAAAUCAUUUGUUUUUCGGUAAAUAAGAGCCAUUUGAUUGUGAAAACUCGUGGAAUCUACUGCUUUUGGAACAUAAGAAAAAAAAAAGUAAUUUCCAAUAGAUGCCAUCGCAACUCAUCAGCGUUAUAAUCCUACUCACUAGCGGCAACUGAAAGGGCUGUUUCAUCAUUGUAUGUGAACAAAACUUGCAGGUUCUCCACUUAAUCCCAAGCCGGUGAAUAGAUUUGUGAAUUCGUGCAGAUUAUAAACAAAGAUGGACAAAACUACUAGUUUCGCCAAACUGCCACCGUUUUCCUGCGCGGAUGUGUCAUUGUCGGAUGCACAGAACAAGUGGCAGGUUUGGCAUAGAGGUUUCGAAAUUUGUCUUCGGGCUUGCAAAAUUACGGAUCCUGGUGAGAAGAGAGAUAUGCUGCUAGCGCAGGGUGGUAUUGAGCUGCAGGAGAUUUUUUUCAACCUUCCGGAACCAGAAGUUGACGAGGAAGAUACGGAGGAAGUCGAUCCGUACAAAAUAGCUAUCGAUAUGAUAGAGGCUUACUUCGCACCCAAACGUCUUGAGGUUGAAGAGCGGUACCAGUUUUGGUCUCUGAAGCCAGAAUCGCAAGAAAGUCUGUCAAAGUUUCUAGAAAGAGUUUUGGAACUCGCCAGCAAGUGUAAUUUUGGAGAAACGGCAACCGAAUGCCAAAAUAUUGCAGUAAUCGACAAAAUGAUACAGUUCGUUCCGGAGCCGUUGAAGAAAAAGCUCCUGCGGGAGUCAAGCUUGUCGAUUGACGAGUUGAUUAAACGAAUAAGCGCUUGUGACACUCCAUUUGCUACUACCAGCUCUGAAACUACCGUAAAGCAAGCUGGAAAACCAUGCAAGGCUUGUGGUCAAAGUCAUGGAAAAGACCAGAAGUGCAAGGCAUGGAACAAGAACUGCUACAAUUGCGGUAAGGCGGGACACUUCGGUUCAAUGUGCUACAGUCCUCCAGGUACCAUGACUGAUAUGAAAAAGACCAAGAGAAGUCAAGCCUUCGUCGUAGCCAAAAACCUAGGUCCUGGUGCAGUUUUACAGAAACAACCGUGGAAGAAGAAUUACGCUCAAAUGAAUGCUGGUGGUUCCAUGGAACAGAAAAAGCCAUGGAAGAAAAACUACUCUGAUGCUUUUUCUUCCGAGAGGUUAGGUUUCGAGGAGGACGAAGGCAGGGCGAUGAAAUAUGCUCGGCGGAUGUACGGAGUUGACAAUGCGGAUUUGGAUUACGAAAAGUUAUCGAGAGGAACGAACAAUUCAGAUUAUUCAUCUUAUAAUAAUUUGUGGUGAUUUUAAAAAUGAUGCCACUUUACGAGCGAUGUACUCGCAUUUGAGAGGAUGUCAAUGUUUACUGUCGUGUGAAGAAAAACCUUAAACUUAUACAUAACACUAACUGAAGUAGAACAGAAAAACUACUUCAUUUCUAUUGACAAGAAAGAAAAACAAACACUAAAUUAGAAGAAUAAUCUUCGUUUUUUACAUUCAUUUGUAAAAACUUGAUUCUCAGGCAAUGCCAUUAAAAUAUGGUUUUCAAAAUAAUCUUGACUGUCCAAACAAGAAAUAAUAAUAUUGCAUCUUCAGUAUCUGAAAAAAAAUGUAAACAUCUUAAAUAAGGAAAAUCCCAUAACGCUGAAUAAAUAAAGAUGUAAGCAAAAUCCAACAAAA